CGACGCUCAAGUUAUGGCCUGUAUGACCACCGUCAAGCUUGAUUCACACAUUCUUGAAAGAGAUGCGGACGCCAUCGCUGAACAACUUAACAUACAAUCGCAACCAGCUACCGUGAGGACACUACAGAUUCUUUUUCUUCGCAGCAGAGCGCAAUUAGAGCCCUUCCACCACAAUUCCCCUAUUUUCUUGUCACAAUCAUCAUCGAUUGCUCCCAGUUACACGGACGUUGUCCCACAAGACGUCACUUUCUACCUCGAAAAACUCGUUCGAGCAGCGCAGCAGACCGCAGAAUCUCACUACUACGGAAGCUUUGUUGCAGGACAAAGCAGCGAAAGUGAUGAAUUUGCAGAUAUCGGUGUAUGGCUAGGGGAAGGAGAUUAUCAAAGAAAUCACGAGAAGGAGAUCUUGGACAAAUUAGGGCUGAUUGAAUGGGCAGACGCUGAGAUAGUCCAGAUGGACGGGCUCUAUGACGACAUUGAUGAGAAGCUAAAAGUGGAGUUCGAGGGUUCCGAGUCAGAAGCGAAUGCUAUUAGAACGUUGCUGGACAGCCUUGAGAACUGUCAUCGGUUUUUCGCGCGACGUCAGGAUUCGUACUUCGCUUGCUUCCUCGUAGGCCGAUCAAAGGCAGGUUGGUGUGGUCUGGCAAGCAUCGGGGUAGCAUCUUGAAUGAAACUAAAUACCGGGAUGAUUCUGAUGCAUGCGGUAUGACGGUUGAACCAGAGCGAUAUAUGAAGGAUUUGAGGUGUCCACCGCGAUAUCUGUCCACAGUCCAGCAGCACGAUAGUCA